AUGUAUAAAGCGUGUGCGCAGUCUCUUAACAACUUGAAAGGUCAGCGAGAUAGAUGUUUAUAUGCAUUGAGAACGGAAGGUUUGAAUCCCAGCUGUACGUUGAAGAGUAUGUUUAAGAAUGGUCUUGGCAAUGGCUCUCUAAAAAGUGAAGAACUGAAUGAGGGCGGAAUAUGCAAAGACCAACUACAAAUUGGGGAUAUGUGGCAAGAUAUCCAGGGUGCAAAUAACUGGAAGAGCUUACUCGAUCCCAUUCAUCUCCUCCUCAAAGCAGAGAUACUCGGAUACGGUGAUUUUGCACAACACUGCUACGACUCAUUUGAUAAUACUCGCUCUUCUCAAUACUAUGGGAAUUGCAAGCUCUCCAAAAGCUCACUCGGACGGAGAUUAGAAUCUCUGAAAUGUGGGCGUGGUUAUCAAGUCACCGAAUAUAAAUACGCCAAUACUGGAUUAUCCCUAAAAUCCUAUUUCCGGGAGAAAUGGAGGGAUAGCGGCGCUUGGAUGGGAUAUAUUGCUGUUUGCACAGACCCAAAUGAGAUAAAAAGAUUGGGUAGACGUGAUAUAUUUGUUGCGUGGAGAGACGAAGGCUCCGGAAGAUCUAGGCUUAGCGCAAGAGAGAUUGUUGUGGCUGAAAUAAAAAGGUUAUUGAAUAACUUCAAAGAUGAAGAUGUGAGUAUAACGUUCACUGGACACAGCUUGGGAGCUGCGCUGGCAACCAUAAGUGCAUAUGACAUAAAACAGAUGUUGAUGAAUGAAUAUUACAUUAGGUCAAUACCUGUCACGGUCUUUGCCUUUCCCUCUCCACGUGUCGGAAACUUAUCAUUUGCUCAACACGUUGAGGAGAUUGGAGUCAAAGUGUUGCGGCAGGUAAACAAAAAGGAUUUGGUUCCUAAAGUUCUGGAGUUUUCGUGA